AUGGCUAAAAACCCUGAAAAUAUGGAUCCUGAUAUGGGUUUCGAAAUAAAGCAUUAUAAUUAUACGUUUACAACAUUGAGAGACGAAUUAGAAGUUAAGGAAAAAUUGUCUACAUCAUCAUUAUUAGGAUUUGGUGAUGAAAAAGUAAUUGAAAAAUAUCCAUCAUUGAUAAAUUUUUCUAAUACAUCUGCUCCUGCUUCAAAAAUAUUUGUAGCUAUAAAAGCAAUAAAACGUAAAGGAAGGAAUAUUAACAAUGCUGCAAUAGAAGAAAGUGUUCAAAAGG